UUAAUAUUCGUCAUUUCAUGUCAAAACCACUGGUCAAAACAGCUACAGCCUGAGAAGAUCUUUGUGGGGCACACAAGAAGAUAAAGUUUAGUGGAACGUUUAUUGAGAAGAUGUCAGUUAGCAAAAUGAAAACAUCCAGUUCUGAAGUUACCACUUUGAAAGAAAGUUUGGCAGAAAUACCAAUCGACAUGCGCGAUUUCUCCUUAGCGAUGCGAUCGCUUUAUUCCGACAAAGCUGUUGGCACCACCACCGAUGCUGCCAGGAAAUUCAGGGCGCUUCGAGAUGACACAAGGCAAGAUGCUGUCGUAUUUUUAAAAUGCAUUCUGCCUAUUUCCACAAAGUUUGUUAUGUCCAUAAAAGCCUAUUUCGAGUAUUAUGAAGCUCUCACUUAUGAAGAGUGGUGCGAUAUGCUGGCAGACAUUCUCGAAGAGACAACAACUUAUAAGGAAGUUGCGCAGGCAGUUGUUGGAAUGUACGAAAGUAUCAUGGUUCCUUUAAAGAAACGCGAGGACGAGGCGAAGCUGCUUAUUACAGAAUUCAAAGAUCUUCAAGUAGAAUUUGAAAGGCAAAGAAAAGCAUUAGAAUCAGCGGCCAAUUCUAAGAGGAAAUGGUCUGCUUUUCUUGCUUUCGUUCCUUUCGUUAAUGUAAUUGCCACCCCUAUAUUGGAAGCUCAGGCAGAUUCAGAUCUGGCAAAAGCAGUUGCAGCCGCACAGCAAUCAAAAGUCAAUGAAGCUGCAACAAUCGUUGUCGCCCAUACCUUGAUACCUGCUCUUUCCAACUUCAUCAAUGGUUUGACAAAAGCAGCCGGAUUCUUUCAAGUCAUGGAACAUGAAUUGGAAUUAUUUGGCGAGAAAGCAGAGAAGGGCGUGGCAUCUCCCAAGAGGCUUCAUUACAAAGUUAUGAGUAAAGAAGCUAAAGAAAUUCAAAGUCUUUGUCAGGGAUUUUAUGCGAUACUUCCUGCAGUUCGUACCGACUUUGAAGCAAUUCCAGCUGAAGGAACCGACCAAAACUAUGUUGACAAAUGGUUGGAAAAAACGUUGGACGAAAUCCAGAAGAAACGAAAAAGCACAUUUGAGUUUAUCAGGGAUGGCUUCAAAAAAGCCCUACAGUGACAUUUCAGUUCAGUGUUAAUUAAUUAGAUUCAUCGCAGGCGGAACGAAAUUGCAGUCCGACUGUACUUUCUUUGUCACACUUUUUACGUAUUGAGAAUAAAAAUAGUUAACUUGAAAA